GUAUAUAAGCCCAUAGGAUCAGCAUUUACAUGUCAGUCACACCAGCUUGGCGUAGGCUUCUCCUCUCUUGACCAAUCCCCCAAACUCCACAUAACCUUGAGAGAUGGCACCCAAGAAGGCCAAGAGGAGGCAGGCAGCAGAGGGCGGCAGCUCCAAUGUGUUCUCCAUGUUUGAGCAGAGCCAGAUCCAGGAGUACAAGGAGGCCUUCACAAUCAUUGACCAGAACAGGGACGGCAUCAUCAGCAAGGAUGACUUGAGGGAUGUGCUGGCCUCCAUGGGCCAACUGAACGUGAAGAAUGAGGAGCUGGAAGCCAUGGUCAAGGAAGCCAGCGGCCCAAUCAACUUCACCGUCUUCCUCACCAUGUUCGGCGAGAAGCUGAAGGGUGCUGACCCCGAGGACGUCAUCGUGAGCGCUUUCAAGGUCCUGGACCCUGAGGGUACCGGCGCAAUCAAGAAGGAAUUCCUUGAGGAGCUUCUGACCACCCAGUGCGACAGAUUCACCGCUGAGGAGAUGAAGAACCUGUGGGCUGCCUUCCCCCCAGAUGUGGCUGGCAACGUUGACUACAAGAACAUCUGCUACGUCAUCACACACGGAGAGGAGAAGGAAGAGGAGUAAAUCUCCAUCCUCCAUCAGAACCAUCCAUCCAUCCCUCCAUCCAUCCAUCAAUUUACCUCACCAAACAACAUCGCGUACCUCCUUCUCCUCCUCGACUCUCUCGCGUUCCCUCUCUCAGCCUCACCAUGUGUCCACGUUCCCUCGCUCGCCCAGCCAAUAGAGAGACUUGGGUUGGGUUGGAACUGGGUCGGAUUCUGGGUUGUGUGAAUGUGGGUUAGUCUUGGAGAUAGUGGGAUCAUCUUCAUCAUUAAUAAAGAAAGAAUAAGGACGUAUCUUUUCUCUCUCUCUUUCUCGCUCUCUGCCUUUUUCCAUUGCACUUUCUUUUAUUGUCUGCACCUCCUUGUCUAGACAGACAGCUGCAUGCACCAUACCAUCAUUACGCUAGGCCUCAGCGUACAACAUGAAGCAGAGAAGCCGUUCUUGGGUGCUACGAUGAUGCAUGCCCUGCUGCUCACCUGAAACAGAUCAGCAGUUAGGCCUCAAACACCAGGGCUGUUUGCCUGGACCUACUGAAUAUGUGGAGCAGUAGAUUUUCCCCCUGAUAUAUUGUGAAAGGGAGGUGGUUAAAAGAGUGGGGUUCACUUAAUUCUACAAUAGAAGACCACCCCUCUCUCUCAACACCUCCCUUUCCAUCCCCCAGGAGGUGGAGAUAAAAUAAAGGGAUGGAAACCUGGGUUGGGAAAAAGAGAAGAGAGGUCAUUUAGAGGGGGAAAAUAAUAAUCAGAAACUGAAACAAAAGAUAAUAUCUUUGUUUCAGCUUCUUUAUCCCCCUCGCUUUCUAAUUCACUCACCCACUCCUCCAUUCCGCAGUUUCUUUUCUUCUUUCAUUUUCUUUUCCUUUUUCAUCUUUCUGUCCAAAAUACACUGUAACCUAAAAAAGCCAAACUCAGAAUAAAAACCCUGAAGUCUUUCGUA